GCCAAAGCCACAGCAUUUUUCGGCGAAAGGCCGUAAAAUCGCUCGACCAGGGAGCGCUAUAAACUGUCGAAUGGCCCGUAGAAUUUGGUCUACAAAGAUCUGGAAACACUCAGCUCCUCACAGUUCAAUUCUUGACGGCGUGCGGAGUGCGUGUGUGAAGUGGCAAGCCCAGCCAAAGGAUCCACAGGAAAAUUGAUUCGAAAAUGUGGCAGCGACAGGUGUUGGUGCUCGGCAUUUGCGGGCUCCUAACAAUGGAGGUGGCGAGGUGCAGCGCCAGCCGCUUUAAUGGGGCUACUUCCGCCGGCAACCAGAGCCCGCAGCUAAAGCUGGAGAUGAAUGCUUGGCAGCCUUUCACUCAGCACAACAAUUGGCUCAUUCUCCACGCGACAGCACCCAGUUCCAUGCAGCCGGAGCGGGCGGAGCGGGCGGAGAUCCGGGAAAGGCGAAAGGAACCGGAACGACUUCCUGUCAAUUUCUACGCCUACAACCAUCGCUAUAACGAUAGCUCCCCACCGCCGGGCGGAAAUUACAAACCGAAUCCUUCCAACGAUCCAUCCAGCUAUGUUCUGGCCAUCAGCCAACAGAUGCGGCGGGGCCAACUCCUACGCCAGCUGCCACAAGCGGAGGCAGUCGAGCCGGAAGUUCACAAGGUGGCUGCGACUUUAACCCACCCGGUUAAUGGUGAUGACGAUAAUAAUCACGAUGAUGAACGCAGCAUCCUUGCCGGGGAACCAGGAGAUGGCGACCAGUCGUCGCUCCGGGGUGUGCAAUCCUAUUUGGAGCCCUUUGAACGUGCCCUGGUGAAAGUGCGCGACUUCUGCGACGCCCUGAGAAGCGUGAUUGGCGACGAGGAAGAUGGGUCGGGCUCAAAUAAAUUGGAUGCCACCGCAGGAGAAUCAGAAGCAGCAGCCGCACGGCCACCAGGUGCAACUUCAAAGGAGCUCCUGGCUCAAGGUCGCUCUCAACGUCUGGCAUCGGCGGAUUCCGAGGGCCGCAAGCUCAAGAAGCUGAAGAAGAAGAUCCAGAAGCUGUUUUUCCCCCUGCUGAUUGCCUACAAGCUCAAGUUCCUCACCCUCAUCCCGGUCCUAAUCGGCGGACUCACUCUGCUCGUGGGCACCACGGGUCUGGCCGGCUUCUUCUUCGCACUCUUUACGGCUGUAAUGAGUCUAAAGAGCUCCGGAGGAGGCGGCCACUCCAGCAAGUCGCUCGUUCUGAAGAAGCUCUGAUGAGGGCCGCUAAAGCACAGUCAGAUACCUAUUUGUCCAGUGCUUGCCCAUUGAUUUGCCUCGUCGGUGGCUAUAAACCAUUUUCAGCCACCUCAAACCAUCGAUUUUCAGCGAUAGCAACGGCGCGCGCUCAAGUGAAAUUAAGUAUGUAUAUAACACAGUCACCCAAAAGCUAAUUUUAAACACAGUCUGU